AGACUCAUGAAUAAUAAUUAGAUACCAAUUGUCUCAUGCCCGAGCUCAUGCCUCUGUCUAGCUAGCCUGCUCUGUAGUAUACUCUAUACUCUCCUAACGCUAGUUCUCUAUGGCAAAGUCACAGAUAGAAGGUAUUUUGGAGUCAUUAGUAGCAGCAGCUGCUGAUAGAGAGGAAGAUGCUGCCACGGCCAUAUUUAAAUCCCUGCUUGAUAUCGGAAGGAAGAAACACACUCUAGUACUGGACACAUGUCACCUUUACCUUGUCAAGCACUCAAAGCUAUCCAGGAAUCACAGGGUUAUUCUGCUUAAACUGAUGGAGAAUAUUUGUAAGAAUCAUAUUGAAGAUGUCUCAAAUGAAACAGCAAUGAAACUGAUAUCACUGGGAUCGGCUGAAAUGACACAAUCAAGUGAUGUCGUACCAGAAUGGCAGACGGCUGCAUCAAACCUGUUGAGCACUCUUGGGCUCAAAUAUGCUAAAGAAGUCAUGCAGGAAUUACUUACUAAGUUUCAAACCGGGCAACUUCCUCAUUUCUUUAUUGUAUCAACACUUGGUCAACUAGCAACCAGCAAUGUUGGUGAAGUUGUUCCAUUAUUAAAAGUCGUUAUGGCUAGAAUGCUACCAAUGUUAGGUUUAGCAAAACUCGAUAAUAUGCAGUGGGUCUUCUCAAAUGCAUUUGCAAGGUUCUGCGAAGCUAUCAUUGACUAUGUAGCUGAUGAGCAGAGGGCUGAGGCCUCGGGUAUCAACUUCCAGCAGUUUGAAGGAGAGGUUUUCUCUGCUUAUGAUACCUUCUUUAAUGUAUGGCUCUUAUCCAAGGACGCUAGAUUGCGGUUGGCAGUGGUUGAAGCUUUAGGUUAUGCUGUUCACAUCAUUUCAGCUGAGGCCCUCAACGAUCAGCUCCCUAAACUCGUCCCUGGAGUCGUACAACUCUACAAGAAACAAUCUGAGCACUAUUACAUUACCCAAUGUCUCUGUAUGAUAAUGGAGGCCAGUUGUAAGAAGGAGUGUGCUAAUUUUACUGUCCUCCUUGAUAAUCUACUCAAUCUCUUGCAUCAACAGGCUUGUGCUCCUGUUGAUUUUUCUAGUUCAAUGGCAGUCAAAAAUCAUAACGAAGUACUGAGGUGCUUUACUGUAGCAUGUAAAUUUCAUCCCCAGAGAGUUGUCAGUUAUUUAUUGACGAAACUCGAAACUAAUCAGGACAAGAUAAAAGGCGGAACUCAAGAAGUAUUUAAGCAUCUAAUGAACUCUUGUGAUAAAGAGCUUGAUGAUAAGAAGCCUCUUAUUGUUUCUGGUAUGAAAAUACUCCUUAAUGAGCAAAGUCUAAAGAUAAGGUCAACAUUUGGUCAAGUGAUCAUCACAAUGGCUCUCCAUCAUUACCUUGAAUUGGAAGGAGGCUUCUCUAUGAUAGAGUUUAUUGUGAAACAGUGUGCCAUUAAUCCUGAUGACAAAUUGUACGCCAAGCAGCCCCCUGGAGAUAAUGUAUCCCCAAAGACCCUAAAGAGCAUGAGUGCUAAUGUGCUUCAGAUCAUUACAACGACCAUGCCUCAUAUGCACCCUGUCUUGUGGCCUAAUCUCUUGGAGUUUAUUGGACCUGUACAGUACAUUGAAGCCACGCCCAUCCUCUGCCGCUGCCUUGCAGCCAUUGCAAGCAAGAAGAGAGAGAACCAGGAUGAUGAUUACGAUAUUGAUUUUGAAGACCUAGUUAACCUUCCCAAGCCAGCAAGGAUAGUCUCAUCUCUAAUAGUGCUAUUGGGUAAACCCAGUGUAGCUGAUAGAGGAGAACACAUAUUGAACUGUCUCCAAUCAAUGGGGCCCAUACUACAAGAGGAACUGGUGGACCUAUGGGAUGUUGUAAUACCAAAACUACUUAAUUAUCUUAACGAGAAUGCUGGUUGUGACACGUGGGAUCAGAAGCACUGGGAGGACCUCAUACUAAAGUUUCUGUCUAAAUCACUGGAUGAGUUAAGCAAUGAAGACUGGUUGCUGGAGUUUGGUAACGCACUCGGAGACAAAGAGUACAUACUGAGGACCUACGAACAGUUUCCUGAAGAAAAAGGUUUCCUGUACAAGUGCUUGGGUGUUGUUAUGCGCAAGACGACUCACAAGCAGUUUGUUCAUACCAAUCUUGAAAUGAUGUUUGCUACGAUAAGACACUCCAACCAGUCGGAGAGAGAAGGUUGCGCCAUUAGCUCUGGGUUCGCUGCCUCCUCUCAUCUUGAUAUUGUCGCAGAGAAACUCGAGAAUGUCACCAAACAGGACAUGGUGAAGAAGUCUAAAGGAUUCUUUGGGUUUGGAAAGGAUAAAACAGAUGCUGAUAUAGAAAGGAUCAAAGCUACAGUCCUUCUCUGCUACGGCUAUGUUUGCUUUCAUUCUCCACCAAAUCUUAUUACGUCACGUGUUGAGGUCAGCAUUCUUCGUGUCAUCAAUCCUCAUUUUUCGAAAGUGAAGGAUACCAUUGUGAAGCAGAACUUGAUACGUACAAUUGAUUUGAUUGGCCGCUCGGUUCAUCCUGACCAUCUCAAGAUACCGGAUUUCAUUUUUAAUGGACGCUCUGACCUUAUCAAUCAUUUACUGAGCUACAUUUCAGCUGAGCCUGGUACAAUGCCUGUACUCACAGAAACUAAAUCACUUGCCAUAAGAGCACUCACCACUUUAGUUAAGUUGGAGCCUUAUCUGACAGAUGCCGAUCAGUAUGAUAUAUUGAAUGUAUCGACUGAUGCCAUUUUGCCGUCUCCUCCUUUGUCACCUAAUACUAAGAGAAAGGAUAUCACUAUUACUCCUGAAGAGAGCAAUGAGCUUACUAAUAAAGCUAUAGAGGACUUAACUAAAUUAUUAAUACAAAUAUCGAGCAGAAGAUACGGGUCUGAUAAUUUGGAAUCAAUAUUCAAACAUUUGGAUCCCUGGAGCAGAUCCAGUGACAGCACAGAGAGACUCCGUGCAAUGAACUGUAUUGUAAGACUGUUAGAGGAUUAUGAAACCAACACUAGAGAAAAAGAAGAAGCAAGAUCCCUACCUCUUCAAGUUCACAUCAUCGGCAGACUGGUACCAAGGUGUCUUGAUCCUGAACUAGCAAUACGUCAAUUGGCCAUUACUGCCAUACAGACGACACUCAAAAUAAGCUCCUGCAUUCCAGGUGAAGAGGACCAGUUGGUAAAUGCUCUUUCUUUACUGAAGGAAAGAGCCGAGAAUGAUGAAGCAAGCAGUUUGUUCUCGCUUUGCACUGACCUCUCUAAAGUAUUGUGUAAGAAACUCCACACUGAGUUCCUAUGGCCAACGAUGCAAGUACUGCUGGAGGGUCUUGUUGAUUAUCAGGGUCACAGCUCCAGUGGGGCCUGUGUUGUUCUUAACAACUUUGUCAAACAGAGAGGAUCAUCACUAGCUGAACAGGUUCCUGAUUUGAUUGAUGGUCUUCAUCAGCAGCUGCCUCAUGUGACUAAUCCUCAGACAAGGACAGGGACACUCCGUUGCAUGAGGACACUGUGUCAUCAAUACCUCCAACCAGUCGUCACUCACCUGUUGAAUAAACCGCUGCCAUGGGACGUUGAGCUUGUUUCUCUCUGGCAAGUAUUGACAGGUGACACUCAGCUGAUGACUAAUGUCAUUAAACAUUUGCUUGAGGUACUGGUCCUUACUUUGCCGUAUCAAGAGAGAUCCCGUACUUCAGCGACCAGCGGAGUAGCCAGUUAUCAGAGAACAGAGACACCAAUACCUAAAGCUGCUACACAGGCAUUAGCUAUACUGUUUGAAGGUGAGGAGUGUCGGGAUGUCUCGAAGGAAUUAUUUUCAAAGAUAUUCUCCAUUUUAUUGCUACGCGUUGGAGUCAGUGCCUGCAUCGAGGGAGACAAGAAGAACCCAACAGAUCCUUCAGUUAUAGCCAUAUUGGCAAUGAGGAAGUUGCUGGAGCACACAGAAAGUGAAGUAAUGAUAACAUUCCUGGACCAGCAGAGCGCUUGGUCUCUCUUAGAGAAGGAGGACACUUACCCUCACGGCUGUCUACACUUGGCAAGAGCAUUGUCGUCACAGUAUCCUGAGCUUAUAUUGCCAAUUGUUGAGGAUUUGAGUUCUUCUCUCAGCAGCAUUUAUGAUCCUCAAAGAAUCACUGUUGUUGCAUUUUACUCUGAGUUGAUCUCAACACUCAAUGCUGAGACAAUGUCACUGGCUGAGACUAUUAUGAAUAAUUUAUUAGGAAGACAAGUUGAUGCUAACUACAAUGUGAGGAUGUACUGCAUCAGGGGACUGGGCAACAUGGCCGACAUUAAAGGAACUGAAGUAUCAAAGUUUUCAACGACAGUAUUGAGUGCAAUGUUAGCCGGUAUGGACGACAGGGAGGACCCAUCAGAGCUCAUUACGAUGGAGGCAAUGAACGGUCUCUCUCGUAUAUUUGACAGGAUUGACGAGGGACACGUUCGUCCUAUUCUAAUAAACAUCGCACUAAGGAUCAGGCCUUGCUUUGAAAAGCCGACUGCUUCUGUCCGAGCAGCUGCUAUUAAUCUGUUUGGUACUCUUUCAAGGUUUGGUAAUGGGCCCUCGGAGGGUCCCUUCCAUGAACAGAUACAAACUAAUUUUGUUAGUUUGUUACUUCAUCUAAACGAAGGAGACCCAACAGUUGUAAUGGCCACUAAAUCAUCAUUACAAAAGCUUGGCCCAUUAAUAAAGUCAGAAAAGAUCAACAACAUGUUCCAGAAGCAUCUUAAUCCGGAGGAUUCCAUAUUGUAUGCUGAUUUCUUGAAUGAUCUCUGCAAACUGAUAGUUGUCGAUUUCACUGAAAAGGUCAAUUUCUACAUAAUGGCCUCUGUCCAGUUCUUCAAGUCGAUGUGGCCUGAAGUACGUGGGAAUGCUGCAUUGUUUGUAGGGUAUAUGAUGGGGAAUUUACCAAAGGAAAAGAUUGGUAUUGUGUCUAAGGAGCACGUUUGUGAAGCUCUGAUACACAUGUUAAAGGAUAACUCUCCAUUGGUGAGGGCCAGCACUGCUGAAGCUCUCAGCCUAUUGUGUGACUACUAAAACUGUCCUAUAUAAUAAUAUUGGUGUGUUGCUGUUUACAGGUCUAGCCUCCUUUGUUUAGCUGAUUUUUAUAAAUUUAUUUACUUAUUUUUUCCUUUAUGAUAUCAAAUUGUAAUUUAAAAAUAAAA